AUGCCAAAAACAGUGCUAUACUAUUUCCCUGCCAAGGCUCUUGGUGAGGCCAUCCGCUUACUCCUUGCGUAUAGUGGGCAAGACUUCGAAGAUCACCGAAUAAAGUUUGAGGAUUGGGGAUCCUUUAAGUCUUUGAUGCCAUUUGGCCAAAUGCCCGUACUUGAAAUUGAUGGAAAAAAAUAUGCGCAGAGUACAGCCAUUGCUCGCUACCUCGGUCAAAAGAACGGGCUCGCUGGAGACAACUUAGAAGAAAGUUUUGAAAUCGACCAGAAUGUCGAGUUUCUGAUUGACAUACGUGAUGAGGCAGCGGAAGUCCACUAUGAAAAAGAUGCAAAAUUAAAGGCCACUAAGUAUGAGGAUAAUCUCAAGAACAAAUACCCGGCUAUGCUCAAAAAACUCGAUGAGAUCAUAAAGCAGAACAAGGGUCACAUUGCGGCAGGAAAGCUAACGUGGGGUGAUUUCGUUUUCGCCGGUAGUUUCGACUACAUGAAGGUUAUGCUUCGUAUGCCUGAUUUAGAAAAAAAAUACCCAAGUUUUAAACAAGUCAUUGAUGCAGUGUACGCUGAUGAGAAAGUGAGGACCUACAGCGAGAAGUGCCCAAAAACUGAAUUUUAAAAUGUAUUAUACCACAGUGUUCAAAUAUGGAAUAUUUGGUGGUUAGGUUUGAUCAGAGUUAAGUUCAGUUAUUGACUGUAUAGAUGUAAAAAAAAUAGUUUAGAUAAAUAAUUGUUUUCAAAUUAAUUUUAUAUCAAUGUACUCGAAGUGCAUAAUUGCCAUUAACUAUAUUAUCACCAGCACUAAAUAUUUGUAGCUCUCAAAGAACAGAACUCAAUCAAAAAUGUCGGAUAGAAAUACGUGGACACACAGUUGCAAGAUUCGAUAAAACAUAAGUAUAGUUCAGCAAAAAAUUGUUAAAAAAGUUGCUUAA